GCUCUCGUCAAUAAAAACUUUAGUUAGUUUGAAUUAAGCGAAUCUUAAGGUAGUUUAGAAUAUUGCUAUAAGGUGCUUGAAUGAAAGUCAUAUAUUAGUUCAUAAGACCUGUCACUAAAGGACAACAUUUGUUAUUGUUUUCGUUCAAGAAAUUUUAUGCAUAAUAAACGAACAGUGAUAUUAUAAUGGCUUACUCUUGGGAUAAUCGAGUUGACUUCGUUGUGCGAUAUAUGUAUGAUAUCGACAACAAUGGAUUCUUGGACCAAAAUGAUUUCCUAUGCAUGGCAGUACGAGCUUGUGUCGUUGAGGGAAAGGGAGAUUGCAGUCCCGCCCGUUUGGAUGAGUAUAAGAAACUGAUGAAGAAUUUGUGGGAAGAAAUUUCCGCAAUUGCUGAUGAUGAUAAGGACGGAAAGAUUUCAAAUCAGGAAUUCAAGGAUGCUGUUAAAAAAACAUGCGUAGGAAAGAAAUACGAUGAUUUUCCCCAGGCCAUGCGUGCAUUCAUUGAAUCCAACUUUAAGCUGCUUGAUAUUGAUAAUGAUGGCGUUGUGGGAAUUAACGAAUACCGUUACAACUGCAUUUCCCGUAUUGCCAUUGAUGACAUUACUCCACUGGACAAAGCGUUUGAGACUUUAUUGAAUGAUGACGAUAAAAAGCGUGGUGGACUUUCGCUUGAUCGCUAUAAAGAGCUCUAUGGCCAAUUUUUGGGAAAUACAGCUGAUAACCAUCCAGCGGUUAAUCUCUUUGGUCCUUUAUAACUAUUUACUUUAUUAUUGUCUUCGCUGUUGUUCAACUACUAUUUUUUUAAGUUUAAUAUGUAAUUACUAUGACUAUAAAUUAACUAGGUUUAAUGCAUUCAUAUCAUUUGUGUAGAAUCGUCAGAUGAACAGUUCGUUAACUUUAAAGGAUUUUAUAGUUAGAAUAGAAAUUUGCUCUCCGAAGCUAACCUCAGCAUAAAAUGUUGAUUUUCUCUCAGAUGAAAGCUCUAACAGAUUGUUUCUCUCUCCUAAUAUUGUAACAUUUAAUCAAAUUGUUAUUAUGUUAUGUUUAUUUAGAAAAACCGUUUUUGUGUAAAAUCAAAAUAAACUAAGCGAAAUGCGUAAAUACAAUUUCAGUCUGAAA